AUGCCCAGCUGCACUGGUGAAGUGAUAACCCAGUGGAGAGCCUGGGUUCUGCAGGUUGCUUCUUUAGAGACUUUUCUUGGGAUCUGCCUUGGAGAUUAUCUUAAUCUACAACGCAUGUAUGACGCCUUGCCCGAGGACUGUAAGAACACUUUCUCACGCCCAUUUUGUUAUUUACUAUAAUUCAGUGUCUUUCCUGCUCUCCUAAUUGACCAAGAUAGGCAAUUUUACUUGCAUCGUCCUAGUAAGGAAUCCCUGAAAGGCUGGAGAGAAUGCACACCCCCACGUGAUUACACAUUUAUGUGUGAGAGAUUAUAAGUUAAACAGAAAAAAUAUUUGUAGAUGUCUCCUAUUUUCCCAUCAAAGUAAAAAGAAAAGGCUUAUAAAUGUUUUUCUUUAAAUGACAUUAGUGAAAUACAGUUAACACUUGCCAGAUAAGGACAUAACAGUGAAGUCACUGGUAUGAGCAACACAGCUUAUAUUAGCGACGUAUGUCGGUACAGUUUAACUUCGACAUGGUGAGGUCCACUCAGUGUAUGUUGCAAAUGUAAACCAACCAUUAAUUCAUCAACUUGCUAAAACGCUUUUUUUGUUCUGUGUUUAAACGUAGCGAAAAUCCUUCACUAUUACAACAUGAUGCAGAAUGCUGGUAAGUUAAUUAUUAUUUGAUUCUUCUUUGUUAUAAAUCGGUUAUGGUCCCGAGGCUCUGCGAUUUACGAAUUUCUAGCUAUCAUGCAUUAACGUGCCCAGAAAGUAGAGGAAAAAAAAUUAAAUCACGGAUAAAACUGAACCACAAUGUACUGCUAUUGCGGACUCCAGAAACUACAAGAGGAAUUUUUGGGGUCGUUUGGGUGGACAAGCGAUACUUAUGACUUGUUCAAGGUUGCCUUGAAUACCAUCAACCAAUCAUAAUUAACCCUUGUCCACAAAACUGAUCCCACAAAUCACUGCACCGAAAGCAAUCUCCCUAGAGUUUUUGAAAUGGGGAAAAUUAGGUAACGUUGCCUAAAGCCUACGUGGUAAGACCGCAAGGUCAGGUGGGUAGAGCCAAGUAAAUACUUGACAACAUAUAUAAUUUUUUGCAGAUAUAGCUGAAGUUGACAAAGCCUGUGCCAAAAAUGUUCACACCACUUGCAGCAAGAAGUUUGUCGAAGCUGUGAAGAACGACAAACUCAUAUGUUCUGAUGGCGCAGCUUGGCUGAACUGUUACGUGGAGAAUAACAAUUGCGAUGAAAAAUCUUUGAUUUACCGUUACACUCAGUAUGUCAGUAAAGUGGCACCAUAUUUAGAGCAAGAAUGCAGCCAAGCUGUUCAUUGA